GCCCUUAUUUAUUGCUUACUCAUUAUACAAAUAAAUCAUAGUCGAAAAAAUUAAUUUGCAGCAUAAUUAUGGAUGAUUCUAACGAUUUGGUUCUUUUAGAGCGUGUUAUGCUGAAAUUUGGUCUUUGUGAUACAGAUGAUCAAUUCGAAGUUCAAGUAAAUAAGUUUUUAUCGCCAGUUUUAUUGAAAAUCGAGAGUAAGAAUGAACAAGUCAGGAAGAAAGUCAUGGAAAUUCUAACACACGUCAACAAAAGACUUAAAUCCAGACCGAAUGUUAAAGUCGACUUAACUUCUUUGUUAAAAAAUUAUGAGGAAUCAUCAAAUUCGUUCCUGACUAAUUUUGCCAUCAUUUACAUCAUUAUUGGAUUUCCAAGAUUGACAAUUGAGGAGCAGAUUAAGCUAUUUCCUUUACUUUUGAAAUGCAUUGAAAAUAAGCCAGAACCACAUCAGAAUAAAUUGUUGAUGCUUUUGUUACCUCUGCUUGGACUUUCUGAAAUCGAAAAGAUGACUGAAGAGCAGUUUAAUCAACAGAAAGAGGCACUCAAAGAUCGUUCAAAUGCAAAAGAGAUGUUAUUAAGUGUGUUAAUAGACAUAUUACUUCUACCUUAUGGACACACCAAUCAAGAUGCUCCUCCACCUGGAUUUUCACUAAAUUCAUUGAAGAGAAUUACGUUAAAGGAAGACACUGCUGAUUAUCUUGAGAAUCUGAAGAAAGGAAUUGUCAGCUAUCUUAGUAAGGAUAUAUUUGAGGAAAAGGAAAUAUUCCCUCAUAUGAUCGUAGCUAGUUCUGACUCGAGAUUCUCGGUCGUCAAUGAAGGUGUAAAUGAGUCUAAUAAGAUCAGCGUGACAAUCGACUUUGAUGAUCCAAACAACUGCAUCCAACUCUAUAAUCUGUUUACUGGAAAGGACUCAAAAAUUAAGGAAAGAAAAGUGUCAGCAUGCAGUCCAAGAUUAAAGCUGAAGAUUCUUAACUUUUUAAUGAAAUGUCGCGGACCAGCAUUGAUUGUUCCAAAAGGAAUUCAAGUCAUCUUUGAAGGACUGUUUGGAGAGACGACAAAUCAAAAAGUUAAAGUUGCUGUUUUACAAUUCGCUGCUAAUUUAAUACAGUUUGGUAAUGGCUCAGUUAUUGAGAAACUAUCGGAAGUCCUUCAUACUUACAUAACCAAAUUAAUUGGACUUGAAUCACCUGAACCAUCAGCUGUUCAAAAUAGCGCCUUAAUGGCAAUCGCAAAAUUAUUUCAAAUAUUUCCAAAGCAUUUUAAUAAGAAUGUCAACUUAAUUGUGAAUUAUUUUGACUUUCUAAAAGGAUCAACAUCUGACUUACAUGAUUCAAUUAAAGAAUGCUUAUUGGCACUAGCUCAAGCUUUCAAAUGGACAGCCAAUAAAGUUUCAGAUGAUGAGAAAAUGGACGUUGAUGGAGAACAAAAAGUUGAUCCAAAGGAUUUAGUUCCUGAAUUUGUUCCAACAUCAAAUCACAUCAUUAUUUUAGGAAUUUUAAGAGACCAAUGUGAGUCAAAGAACCUUACAUCGUUAAAUGUCACCAGCUUCUUCUUAAACACAUGUUUUCCACAGUAUUUCGUACCUGCAAGAUAUAUGCUCGUCUGGAUUAGUGGAAUAUGUAUGCAAUUAAAGGAAGGAGUUUAUACAUUUUUGUAUGGUACACAACGAAAGGAUCAUAUAACUUAUCAGGAAUUGAUAUCAUGUGAUACAAUUAUUAAAGAUGGAGUCACUGACAUUGACCAAAAAAUCAUUUUACCAUCAUUUGAAGGCAUGAUUGCUCAUAUUGAUGAAGAAUUUGAAAGAAAGGCAUCAAAGAGUAAGGAUAAAUUAAGCAGUAUUGACUUGGAUGUUUUCACAGAAGUCCUAGAUUAUGCUCGGAUCUGUUUAUGGUAUUCAGCAGGCUGCAAUUGUGAACCAGGAACUGACAAUUCAAAACUUGUUCAAUAUCUAAUCAAUCUUAAGAAUAAGGACUGUAUUGUAAAGUAUGUGAAGCUUAUAAGAAGCAUAUUAAUCAUAAGAAAGAGUUUAACGGAAUUGGACUGUUUAUUAGAUCUUUAUGAUUCGACACCAUGGAUUGUCUGCUCUAAUGAGAUUAAAAUAUCAGAUACAUUAAAGAUUCUUGCUAAUUCCUUAAAAGACGUAAAUGAAGGAAUUCGUACAAAAUCAGCUAAAAUUUAUGGAAUUCAUCUAGCAUAUGAUUCGACUAAUGAUGUCUUUAACACCGAAAUUACUCAGCUGUUAAAUCUUUCUCAGAAGUCUUUAGAGCAACAACAUGGAUGUUUAUUAGCUCUAUCGAAUGCCUGCUUCUAUCGCAUAAUUUACUACAUCCAAAAUAAUAAGAAUGAAGAAUGGACAAAGUUCGUAAAAUCUCGUGAAUACACGGAACUGAUUAAUUUAUUAGUUAAAUUAUUAAAUGAUCAAAAAUCUCUGCUACAGUUAGCAUCACUAAAAGGCUUAUCGUUACUCGGUUGCUUCGCAUUACCGUUCGAGGAUGUAAAAGAAGAAAAUGCGGAAAAUUACACGCAUUCAAAGAUUUAUGUGUUGAACACGGUCGGGCAACUUUUGAAAAGUUCUCACUCGAAGCAAAAAGUACGGGAAGAAGCAGCUAUAUGUCUCGGUUAUUUGUCAAUUGGUGACAGCAUUUUCUUCUCAAAACGAGUCAUAAAUCAUUUUCUUGAUAUGAAAAGGAUGACAAAGGAUGCAGCACUACACAUAUCAAUAGCACGAGCAUUAGGUUUUAUAUUCUCGGGAGAUGAGCACUUACCGAAAGAAAUUUUGAAUAAUAUGAAAAAUGAUGACGAACUCCUUGAAUGGACAUUAAAGGAAUUAAUGAAAAUUGUUGUAGAAGUAAAUGUGUGUUCACGUCAAGCUGUUAGUCUAUGGCUCCUCGCUGUUGUCAAGUCAUGCUCCAAACGUAAGCCAAUUCUUGAUAAGAAAAGAUCACUUCAAAUGGCUUUUACACAUUUACUGUCUGAAAAUAAUGAAUUAGUUCAACAAGUGGCAUCAAAAGGUCUCGGUAUCAUCUACAGUAUCUGUAGUGAGGAUGACAAACGGGACAUGUCUAAAUUGUUAAUUGAAAACUUAACAGAUGGAAAUAAAGGAGUCAAGCAAAAAGUGUCAGAAGAUACAGUUCUAUUUGAGGAAGGCAUGCUGUCAAAAACACCAGACGGACAGAAUUUGUCAACUUAUAAGGAUCUCUGUAAUAUGGCAUCGGAGAUGAAUAAACCAGAAAUGAUUUAUAGCUUUAUGGAACUCGCUAAUCACAAUGCGAAUUGGAAUACAAAGCUCGGUGCUGCAUUUUCACUUCAAGCUAUUUCUAUUGAGCAUGCUAAAGAGAAUAUGCAGCCAUUUAUAUCUAAAAUUGUACCUAAAUUGUUUAGAUAUAAAUAUGAUCCAACACCAAAGAUCCAGAACUCGAUGAUACAAAUUUGGGAUUCAAUUGUUAAGGAUAACAAUCAGACACUUGAUUCAUAUUAUUGGGAUAUUUUAGAUGAUUUGACUAAGAACCUUACACAUCCGGAAUGGCGAACAAGAAUCGCAUCAACUCUUGCACUUAGGGAUCUUAUUAAAAGACCCAAUGGAUUAAGAUUAAAGUCAUUAGAGUCAAAAAUAAUAGUAGACAUAACUUCAUCAAGUGAUGUCAUCUAUGAAACAGAAUUGAAAUUUUUGUGGGCACAGCUUUAUAGAGUUAUGGAUGAUUUCCAUGAAGGAACAAGAGAAGCGGCUGAAGGAACAGCAAAAAUGUUAUCUAGGAUUUGUGUAACUGCUGUUUCUUGUGAUCAUGGCGAGAAGAGAAGCUUCUUAAUUACAAAUGCAGUUUUGCCAAUUUUAUUGGAAGGAAUUGUACAUGUUGUACAGGAAAUUCGGUUCCUAAGUCUCAAGACAAUCUCAGAAAUGAUUGAUUCUACUGGAAGUUUAAUUCAGCCACAUUUGCCAAUUUUAAUCCCAUGUUUAUUAAGAGCAACUGGAGAACUUGAUAAUACAAAAUUAAGUAUGCUGUCUAACAUGGUCAGUGGACAAGGAGGCUCACAAGAAAUUGUAGAUUCAAUGAGAGCUGAGGAAGCUAAGAAUCACUUUACAAUGAAUACACUAAAAAAAUGUAUCAAGUACAUCGAUAUAUCAACAAUGGAAAAAGCAAAUCAAUCAGUUCUAGAACUGAUUAAAAAUGGUGUAAAUUUGGGUACAAAAGUUGCAUGUGCUGAUUUUGUCUACUUGAUUAGUCUUCAUUUGAAUAAGGAUUUCCAACCAUAUGCUGCCAAAUAUUUGAGUGCAUGUGUUGCGGCUUUGUCUGAUAGAAAUCCAAUUGUAAGGAAGCAUUAUGCAACAGCAAUUGGGGAUUUAGUGACAGUUGCUAAAGACUCGACUGUCAUUUCAUUAUUCAAGAAGCUCACAACAAUAUAUUUUGAGGAUCAAGAAGGCAAAUCCCGAACAAUUGCGUUGACCUUGCAAGCAAUAAAUAAGAAGCAUGCGGAUUUACUAAAUUCAAAUGCCAGUUCCAUUUUGCCGUUAAUGUUUUUCGCAAAGCAUGAAGCAGUAAAUGAAGAAAAUAAGUCAACGGUUGAAAUGUGGCAAGAUUUAUGGAAUGAUGUGAACUUCGGUGACUCCUUACUACAGAAUCACUUUAAUGACAUACUUGGACUCCUUGAGACGUCAAUAAAUCAUCAAAGUUGGAAACUUAAAGCUCAAUCAGGAUCGACAGCCGAGGCAUUGGCAAAAAGGCUUUCAGACAACUUAAGGAAUGAGGAACGAACUCGAUUGAUUGAAUUGAUAAUGGAAAAUAUUAGUGGACGUACAUUUAAUGGAAAGGAGCAACUUAUUGAGGCAUUGGCUGCAUUAUGUGAUAAAUCCUGUAAUAAUGAAUUAAUUGACCGAAUUAUACAAGCUGUCCUAAGAGAAUGUCGUAAGGAUGAAGAAAGUUAUAAGACAAAAGUUUUGGGCUGUUUAGGGACGAUUCUUGAAAAGUUAGAGACUGAAAAUCGUUUUGAGGAUGUCUUCAAUAUUGUUUGGUCGUUGCUGGAUAAACCAAUUACGUCAAAUCGAGAACAAGACACGUCAAAUGAAGAGCGUGGUAAGGAAAAAGACCGAGUAAUUGCAUUAAAAGAGGCAGCAUGUGAUGUGCUUGGAAAGUCAUGGCCAUCAACCAAAUCGUCUAAUUCAAUUGACACACAGAAAAAGUAUCAACUUUUAUUAAUAUCUAAACUUGCUGAAAGUUUUAAGUCAAAUACUCGCACGAUUCAAAUGAAGCUGUUGGUUGCACUUGGAAUGUUUUUAGAGAAGUCGUAUUUGUUGAAUGAGGUAGCUGCAGGUACAGAUGCUGAGGAUUUGAGAGUUAUUUGUAAACUGGUGAUGGAAAAUAUCGCAGAAGCUUCAGGCUUAUCGCACGUCGGACUGAAAAAAGAAUGCCUACAAAUCUACAUCAUCCUACUCAAGAAAUUAAAAGCAAUAAACAAGGGCAACGACGUAGACUUUAUAACAGGAGAAUUUGAAAAGAUUGCUGAUAAUUUCCAACGAGAUAAUUCUCCGGAAAUAAAGCUUCGUCUUCAAGAUAUCAAAGGAAUCUUAAAAUAAUCUACUGUAAUCCUCUUAUUCGUCUGAAGUCUUAUCAUUUUAUUAUAUCGUUGGAAAUGAAUUUUGUAAUAAAUCCUAUAAGCCUAAUUUGUUUGUAUAUUGAGCAGUUUUUGGAUUCACUGAGUUGGAUUGGAAGUGACAUGUGAACUAUUUUCAAUAUUCAGAUCUCAAUCUCAAUUUUUUAUUUUUAAAUCUGCAGGAUCAUAAAUUCGGAUUUAAUUUAAUCUGGUGAAUUAAAAAUUAAUCCAUAGGAAUUAAAACUUCAAUAAGGCUCUUCGAGACAAAAUCGUUUAAAUUAAUUCUAGUUUAAUUGUCAAAAUAAAUUAAAACAAUUAUUAUAAUAUUUUCAUGAGACUUUUAAGGAUUUUAUGUGGAUAAUUAAGGAUUCAGGGUUAAUUAUCAACCCUCAUUAUGAUUAAAAAUUCAAAAAAUGAUACAAUAAACAGCUAUAUAUUGUUUGAUACCUAAAUAACAGUCUCUUGUUUACUUACUAUUGCUGUAUAAAAGGAAAUAAACAUCACAUUAGCACAUUAGACAUCGGAUACCUGGAAAUCAUCUAAAUACCAAGCCCAUACGCAGAAGUAAUAUAUAUUUUUAGAAAUAGUAAGCACAUCGCAUGCAAUAAAUAUGAAGUAUUAAAAAUUAAUUAUUUAUAAGGAACUUUGAUGCAAAUUUAAAUUGUUGACUUUACAUCCAUUUCCAAUAAUAAAUUGAC